CCUGAUCCUGACACGAAAGCAGCUGGAGCGUUACCACUGUCAUCGUCAUGACAUGCGCGCGUCUCGCGUGGAAAACGCGAGGAUCACAGGUGGUCCAUGGAAUGAACGUCUAGUCUUGUGGGCAAACGAACGAACCUCAGUCGGAGAAGGAACGUCGUUUCGUCACGACCGACUGGUGCUGUUCCUCGGCGCCAUGGCUUUUCAGCUCCUACCUCUGGUUCUCAUAUCCGGACUGCUCCUCCAGCAAGUGCGGGGAAUCUGUCUUAAUGUAGACGGAAAUCAAGAUUACCAGAGUGUCCAACUUCCUAAUGGACAACAGAUGUGGUUCUGCAGCGAUCCGACCAAGGCCUUUUCAAACAUGAGUCGAGUUCACAUAUCUUCUUGUAAUGGCGUUGGGUAUAUUAACAGCGGUCAGAACUGCACUGCUGUUGAUGGGGAAUUCACGAAGACCUGUGUAGGGGACCCUUUGUAUACCCCGCUCAACGUCGAGGAAGUCGGGGCUGGGCUCCUCCCUGAGUACGUGCGAGCCUACAAGUGUCCGGAUGGAAUGUUCUUGAUGUCGGGUGCGAGGAUAUGGUAUUCCCAGUGCAUCAGGGGAAUCUGGAUAGGCCUCUUCGAUGCUUGCUUGGAAAAAUGUGAAGACUGCCCCUACCCCCGUGAUUGCUCGGAAGUGACCAGCCUUGGUUUCAAUACUUCUAGGGAGUUCACGAUCUCACCUACCGGGAGGAAAGGCAUUCGGGUGUGGUGUCAGCUGUCUGAUGACCCCGAUAACAAUGGAUGGACCCAAGUCAUAGGCGACGAUGUUUCUCAGAUUCUACUCAGUUACGAAUACACAUGGGUGGCGCCAUCUUUAUUCUUCAUUGGUAUUGACAAUCUGGCAGCUCUUACUUGGAGCCUUGAUGACCAGUAUGAGCUUAUUCCGAGGCCUCAGGUAAUCAAGUUUAUGAUUAAGCUGUACUCUGAUCCGAAUCUGUACCAUGCUACGUAUGAUGAGUUUCUGAUUAAUAGUGAUGACAACUACAAUCUGCUAUCUGUUGGAAAUUACCAUGGGAAUGCGGGUGACGCCUUACGUAAAUACAUUGGCGGAACACUCAAACAAGAACCUGUUAGUUAUGGAUGGGGACCUCUUGUCCAGUUAUUUAAAAGUGGUUUUUCCGCCUGGGGUUCUUUGAAAGGUUAUCAAAGCCUCCGCGCCUUUGUUCGCCCUAAGGACUUUGAGGAAGAACUUGUGUGCCCUCCUCUUGUAUCAUAUGAUCCCCUCUGGAAGGAUACCACUAAGGUAACCUUUCCCGAUGAAAGAGCUGAGGGGACGAACAUCACCUUUGAAUGUCUUGGAGCCAUGAUGAUGGAAGGUCCUGAAGAUGCACCAAUGGCAAGUAAGCAAUACUCUGGAAAUGCUACCUGCGUCAGUGUGAACGGUCAUCUUAACUGGAGCUACAUUCCUACGUUUCCGUGCACAUUUACAUGUCCACCUGGGUACGAAGAAAUACCCGACAGAAGUGUUGGUGUUUGUUUACGAUUUUCAAUGAGACCACAGAAUUUGGUAUUUUGUCUGCUUCUCUGAGAUGUAGCGAGGAUGGAGCGUCGUUGGCACGGGCUGUUGUGCAGAAGGACUUCAAUUCAUCCAUGGAAGGAAACUUUUAUUUCACGGCUCAUGGAAGGCAAGUCGUCCCAAGCUUCAAUCUAAAGUUUUUACAUUAGUAUUUUCAUAGAUUUGUCUUUCAGGUACUGAAUGUCUUCAUUAAAUUAUAUUUAAGCUUAUCCAUUAAUAAAUCUGAUAUUGGUUCCACUUGAGGGAAUGUGUAUUCUCCUUGAAGUACGAGAAUGAAGGCACAAAGCAUAUGUCAUUAUUUAUAUUUGAGUCUAUACUUGGAAAUCCUUUGGCCUCAGAAGUGACUUUUCUUCCUGAACUGUACGAAUGAUUAAGUGAAUUACUUUGAUGUGGGGAAUGAU